AUGAACGCAAAAUGUUAUGCACUUAUGCUUGCAGCGCUGGCGCACUGCGCGCACGCGCGAGUGUCGUUUGACGAGGUCAUAGAGAUGCAAAGCACUGAAAUAAGAAACAGCAACAGCUUCAUAAACCCAAGGGGGCCGCUCUGCCUGCUGCGCGGGUUCGUGUACUCCGAGCAAGGCCACAUGCACAACAAGCGCUUCUUUUCGCCUGAAAUAGAAACUGACUACAAAGUGGAGCCGGUUGGGGAUGUUGAAACCACAAACAAGCACACAUACACAAGAAAAGCGCAGAAGGACAAGCUCUAUCCGCCUGCAGAGGGACCCGCUCUGGGCUCCAAGCCUGCGAGCACAGACUACUCUGCGGAGUACCACCGCACGCUUAUCGAGAUGUUUCCGUCUGUCGACGGGCACACUCUGUCCGUGGCUGUAGGUCGGAAGGACUCGUUCUUCCAGUUUCUGCAGAGAAUGCCCAGCAAUCACGCGCACUACGUGCUGGCUGCGCUCCUCCUGCUGAGUGAGGGAAUAGACGUGCCCAUCGAGACCACACAGAAUGAAAUAGCACUGGAGAUAGGCAGCAUAAAAGUUGGAGCAGACUUGUGCAAAAAGGCCACACAGGUCAUAAAGUUCUUCAAAGACAACAAAGGCAAAGGAAAGCUGCCUUGCACGCCAGAGGCCUUCAGCACCGGCGACUUUCUAAACACGCCGCAGUUCCUCAUCCAGGCGUACGUCUUUGAGUACAUCACGAGCAAGAGCGACGCCCUGGACUUCGCAGCGUGCGUGCACGCCAUCCUCACAAGCCUGCCGGAAAAUGACUGCAAAGACGUAUACAACACGUGCUUUGUGGGGAGCAAGGACAAGGCUGAAGAAGACGAGCUUCUGCGCCAGCUUGUGCAGAUUCAGACAAAAAUGAAGAUUCUACAGUCGUUCCCGUUCGUCAGCCCGAGCAUGCUGCCGGCGUACACAAGCGUGCAUGCCUGCAAGAGAGGCCAAACAGAGUUUUUGGACGAAACAUUCAGCAACUGCGUGGAGACCGGCCUGUUUGCGCUCUUCUGCUGCCUUGCACACGACCCAGUCCAGAAAGAAUACGACGCGGACGCCAUGCUCGGCGAGGCAAAGGAGGGUGAUAAAACAGAGGCCCUGCGUAAUUUCUUCGGGUUAUUGAAGAGUGCCAUCUCAAAAUUAUUCGGCAGCAGAAACACGCUGCAGGAGUGGAAUAAUGGCGCGCAAGCCCUGCGUGCCUUCUUUCAGAAGGAAAGUGUCACCCCAAAACAGUGCGCCACCAAAGAGACAAUGCAGGAGUGGAACCGCGUUGUGUCUGGCCUGCAGAGCGAGCACAUCGCGUAUGUAAGGCCCAGCCGAAACGAGGUGCGCUCCGGAAUCUUCAACGUGCUCUAUGUUAUCGCAGAGGUGACAGGCAGACUGGAAGAGGAGAAGCUGAGAAUACGCGAGCUUGCGCAGAUGCUAGAAGACUCCGAGAUUGAUGAAGACUUUGAGGAUGUGUUUGAAAAAACACAAGAGUACGUGGCAGAGCUUUUCGCGUCCCUCUCUGUGGAUAAGAGCUUAAAAGUCGAAUUCUCCGGCUUGAAGGUCGACGUCCGAAGUGAUAAGAAGAAAGACCUCUACGGAAAGAUCACCCUGAAGUGCACAGACAAAGACCGCGUGGUCGAGCAGGGCAUAUGCCUUGCCUUUAGGCCCAGGCACCUUACAGUUACUUUGUGCCCGUGCGUCUUCCUUUCUCUUACGGACGAAGAAAAAGAGGCCUUCUUUGCGGUGGACGGCUACUCAGAGCCUGCAGACUUUGUAGAGUGCCUGCUUGCCAAGUACGCAGACGCGUGGAGGGCCAGGGGCACGGAGUACUCUAAAUCUAAACUUAUUGAAGACACACGGGAGGCCUCAGAACGCUUAGCUGUCGAUGGAGCCUCUGCGCACCCAAACCAGCUUUUCUUGCUCGGAAGCGCUCUGAGAUACGAACAGAUACAAGAAUUCUCCGAGAACUUCACCCUGCAUGCAGCAGCAAAAGGCACCAAGCUCGCCCAGAAGCAUCCGGCCGUGCGCCUCCUCUCGAACCUGCUCGGCAGCCUUCCGCUGGACGACAAUGCAACGCAAUCCACUGUGCUGGAGUGCCCAGUAUGCCUAGACAUGCUGGGCAAGCUAUUUCCAAGAAUCGCCCUGUCAAAGGAAAUAUUUGCUGAUAUAUACAGGAGCGCAUACGCGAUCCGCACCAUGAAACUCUACAUCCGCCCUGAAGUCGACAGCGCGCCCGCAGCAAACGCCAUCAUGAAGUACUUUAGAGAAUACAAAGAGCAGACACGCGAGCCUUUUUUCCGGUGCCAUGCUGUGGCAAGCUUUGCCGCCAUCUCUGACUUGUUUCCUGUUUUGCUUGCAGACAAGUUAAUGCGCCACGUAGACGAAAUUGGCGCGCUUAUUACGGAUAAGGAGGAGAAAGACCGGGCAAAGGUGCUGGAUGCCAAGGCAACCUUUGACCUCCUCCUGUUUUUCGCCAGCCUGAAACAUAAUGGCACCCCGCUCGAGCUGAUGCUUGCUCUGGGCAGCAGGGUUGGGCCAAGGUUGAUCCAGGCAUGCAGUGUCACCAAUUGCAGGUUUUAUAUCAAUAGCCAAACAGCCUCUAAGAUUCUGGAGGCUCUGAACGCACACUGGAGCGCUCUGCUGCAGACGCCCAACGGAGAGGAGGUGUUCAGCGGCGUGCAGUGCAUACUCAAGUCCAGAAUACACUAG